CUCCGCCCGGGGAGCUGCUGUGCUUGCUCGCGAGUAGCUGCACGGAUGGCUUUGUUUAAUUUAGAUCUUGCAACUGAGAACCCUCCAUCAACUUUUCCAUAACAUUUGCACGAACCCCCCCCCCCCUCUUUUGGAAGGUGACACGCCACACACGUAUAGAAUAUUCGAUUAUUUCGAUUUUGUUUUUUUUAAUGCCGGAGCUAUAAAAUACUUCCUCUUGUGCAAUCGGGCCUUCUGCGGUUGCAUCAUUCCCGAUGCACCAGCCCGCUUGCCGCAAACGAAACACUCUGGAAAUGUCGUUUUCCUGACGGCCUCGAUUACAAUGUCUUCUGGAAGUAAGGAACAGCUGCUCAACCUGAGUAAGCCAGCAUUCAGUGAAAAACAAGCUAUUGAAUUGGUUGAAAGGAUAUUUGGAUUAAAGGUCUCUGAAAUCAAACCGCUUCCCAGCUAUGAUGAUGAGAAUUUCUAUGUUCGUGUUAGUAAAUUGGAAGAGAAAGGAGAGGUCGCUGAGGAAUUCGUCCUCAAAAUUAUCAAUUGUGAAGACAGCAGGAAUCCCGAGCUCAUUGAGGUGCAAACGAGGAUUAUGAUGUUUCUGAGGGACGAGGGCUUUCCGGUGGCUGCCCCCCAUUUCACGAAAGACGGUGAAAUCAUGUUCCUGGAAUCCAUAGAUGCUGAUUCUGCCCCUCGAGCGUACAUGGUAAGACUCCUGUCCUUCUUGCCAGGCCAAACCGUGGCCACGCUCCCAAUCGAUCCUUCCGUUCUGUAUGAGAUUGGGCAGCUGGCUGCCCGGCUGGAUAAAACCCUGGCAGAGAAAUUCCGACAUCCCUUGGUAAAAGCUCUGCAUCGAGGUGAAUUCAUCUGGAAUUUGGCUAACGUUCCUCUUCUGAAACGGUACAUUUCUGCGGUGGGCCAGAGCAGGCGCCUGGAAGUGGUGGAGCAGGUCAUCCAACGGUUCAGUGUCGAAAUAGUGCCAAAGCUACGCUCCUUCCGGCCCUGCAUCAAUCAUGGAGACCUCAACGACCACAAUAUUCUUCUUGUGAGAGAAGCGGGACUGGUAUCCACAAGUCCACACUAUAGGGUUUCUGGGAUCUUGGACUUCAGUGACAUGAGCCAUGGCUGCUACGUUUUUGAAGUGGCCAUCACGACCAUGUAUAUGAUGAUAGAAAGCAAAGAUCCCCUCCAUGUCGGGGGCCAUGUCCUCGCAGGGUUCGAAAGCGUCGUCCCCUUGACCACGGAGGAGCGGGCAGCCCUGUUCCUCCUCGUCUGUGGGAGAUUCGCUCAGUCCCUCGUGAUGGCCGCUCACACGACUCUUCUGCAUCCCGAGAAUGAGGAGUACUUAAUGAUCACAGCCAAAACUGGGUGGGAGCACUUGAUGAUGCUCUUUGAGACAGGCCAGGAAGCUGUCGAGAAGAUCUGGUUCGAGACUGCGAAAACAUACAUGUGAAAUGACCCUGGUUAACCUCGGAUGAUGCCCUUACGGGUCUUUAUGUUCAAAAUGUACAUUUCAAAGUGUUGUGAGCAGGAAAUGCAAGCCUGAAUAAAUUCUGCAAAAUGUG